UGUAUGACUUCCCGGAGCACAGAACCAGACAGUUUCGUGGAUAAAAUUCGCCAGUAAUAACAUUUAAACUUUAAUCAGUAGCCAACAACCAGCCUCUGGAAUAAGCUGCGGGACCGUUAGCGCCAGCGCUAUCUUUGUAUGCAGCCUAAUAACUUCGGUAACUUUACUACCACGGCGUUCUAGCGUAAAAACCCGCUCAUUCGUGCAAUGUCACACGAACCGAUUCUUGGUUAUGCUUCAAUACGCAGCGAGUCUUUCUAAAAAGCUCGGAAGACGCUGUGCUUCUACUGAAAACAUAGUUUGCUCCUCCUUCGGUGUCAGACAUUUUGAGAAGAAAGCCAUAACAACCGAAGGAUCUUUCAGAACUGAGAGCUGCUAGUACUCAUGGAUUGCAGCGACAAUGGGACUGAUGGGGCUUGAGGUUCUGCUCUUCAUUGCCACAAAAUGGGACACCACGUAGGAACAGCUGCAGCUUAAAAUAAGUAUUUUUCUCAGCUGAGGAAAUGGCUUCACCAAAGUCAAUGUUGAUGGAUCAUGGAGAGUUCUUGACGGAGCUGGACCAGGUUACCAAGAGGCUUCAGGACGACGGCUUGCCUCCAGAGGCCGGAGCGGAGGAGCGGCAGCAGCAUCUAUGGCGGCAGCUGCUCAACGCCGAGGCAAUGCUUCAGUCAGUCUCAAAGGAGCUGCAGGCCUUACGUACGCAGCAGGCCAAUGAAAUGAAGGAGGUGGAGAGCUACGUAGCUCACAUUCGAGCGCUGCUGGAAGAGCGCGAGUGUCUGACUGCAGAGUAUGAGAGAGACAAUGAAGACUUGCGACAUGAGCUUCACCAAAUCAAACAUCAACAAGAGAUCCAGAGCAAGGAGAUGGCGGAGAUGUUGUCACAGGAAGACCUGGGGGAGAUCGGCUUGAGUAGCCCCAGUGAGCAGGUGGCUUAUCUACUGGUGGAGAGGGCCACUCUGCUGGAAAGGCUGGAGGCUGCCGAGGGGAAGCUGGAAAGUCAUACCCUCGCCGUUACCAACAGCGACCAUGGGGAGCACAUCCAAAUAAAGGGAGAGAGUCUCAGGCAGCAGAGGGAGGACAUGAGCAAGACCAUAGAUCACAUGACGAAGCGAAUGCGCAGAAGAGUUCGAUCACCAUGUGGACAUUGGCUUUUUGUUUCGCCAGCAGUGUUCAUCCCAGAGUCCGUGGAAGAAGCUGUUUGGCCUGCGCAGGCCCACAGCGAGGAGAUCACCAGGGAGCGAACUGAGCGGCAGCGGCUGGAGCGGGACCUGGAGGAGGCGUCCAGGAGGCUGGCCAUGGCUCACCAAGACAUUCGCAGACUCAACAGUGAGCUUGAUGCGGCUAAGAACAACAACCAAGACCCAUGUGGAUCUGAGCUUGAGGGGACAGUCCAGGAAGUUGAGUACCUGAGGAAGGAAGUGGACAAAAUGAAACACAAUGAUAUGAUGAAGCUGCAGCGAGCCAAAGAGCAAAAUGACAGACUGGAUGCAGAGAACAGAGCUCUCAGGGAAAGAGUACAUGUCAUUGAGUCUGAGAAGAAAAAUCUUCUGGAUCAGAUGACAAAACCUAAUACAGAAAAAGAAGACUUGAAGAACAAAGGUACUGAAUCUGAAAACUGUCUCUCUGCUGUGUCAGCCCAAGAGAAGGAUCAGAUUCAUAAACGGUGUCAGGAAGCGGUGGAAGACGGACUUAUGCAGGCAAGAGAGCUGCAGCGGCAACUCCAGAGGCUACGCAAGGAGCAGGAGGAGCUGGAGGAGAGGAAUGAGGAGCUGGAGGCCCUGCUGGGGGAGACCCAGAACUCCAGCAAGGAGGAGAGGCAUCGCCAUGAGGGAGAGGUGGAGGGGCUGCACAGAAGAAUUAGAAACCUGGAGGCGGAGCUGAGAAAGCACGACGCUCAGGAAAAAGCGCCAAAAAAUGGCGACGAGGUGAAGGCCAGCGAGUCCUACCUGCACGUCCACCUGAGGGACAGCUCCCAGGAGAGAAUGUCCCUGCUGGAGGCCCGACUGACUGAGGAGAAGGAGUGGAGGAAACAGCUGGAGUUGGAUCUUACUGCUGCUCAGGCUGCCCUCAAGAAAGAUAAAGAGGCUUUGCAGAUAGGUGAGCGAGAGCUGAAGAAACUGAGACUCGAGGUCAGCGGUCUUCAGACCGAAUGCCAGCAGGGGAAAACGCUCAUCAAAAGUCUGACCCAGGUCAAGGGAGAGAAGGCCGUUCUAGAAGAAAAGGUGGCCCAGAUGGAGCGCGCCCACAGCAGACUCCAGAGUCAGCUGGAGCGCUACAAGGACAGUAACCAGACUCAGGGAAAAAUUAUGGAAAACAGACUCCAGGCUGAUCAGACGCAGAAGCAGGUCGACAGCCUUAACGUCGAGCUCAGCAGCCUGCAGUCUUCACAUGACAGUCUGAGGGAGGAGAUGACCUCUGAACGCCAGAAGACGGCUGAGCUCCAGGCGGAGCUGAGCGGCGCGGUUCAUCUGAAGCUUGAGGCUGAAGGGAAAAGAGAGAGAGUGGAGUUGGAGGUCCAGCGGCUCAAUAAGCAGCUUCAGUGGCAUCAAGAGCAGCUGACCUCUGCAAAGGAGGCACUUCGUCGCAGCCAGAAGGCCGAAAUGGACACAGCUAGCGCAGGAUCUGGGUCUGAUUCGGUAGAGAAAGUAAAGGUUGGAGGUUUGGAUCAGCUUUCAUCUUUGAAGAAGGAAAUAAACGACCUGGAGGAUAAGCUGGAGGAGGAGCGGCAGCUGGCCUCUCAGCACCAAAUGGCUCUUCAGGCUCAGAUUAGUGAAGCCCAGGCACAUAUUAAGUUGCAAGACUCGGUGCUGGGCCAGAAGGCGGAGGAGGCGAAACAGAUGAAGCAAGACGUGCAGAGAGCCCAGAGCCUGUUCACCUCAGCCGAGAAGGAGCUGCGCUACGAGAAGGAAAAAAGCCUGGAUCUGAAGAGACACAACACUCUGCUGGAGCAGGAAAAACUCAAGCUUGGCGCUGAACUGAAGCAGGCCCAGUCCAAGCUGGCACAGGUGGAGCAGAAACUCCAAACUCGAGACGCCGAGUGCGAACGCCUGCAGCAAAAAGUCCGAGAAUUAGAGCUGCAGCUGAUACGCAGCAGCACCAACUGCAGCGCCACCGCCGGCCUGCAGGAGGAGUUGCAGGCCGAGAGGGCGCGGCUCAUUGCUGCCGACAAGAAGGUGUUGGAGCUCCAGCAGCAGCUAAAGAACGCCCAGCACCAGCUACGUGUCGAGGAAGCUCGAGCCAGCGAGAGCAGCCGCCUGGAGAGGGACAGCAGGGAUCUGUUUGACUCUCUGUCGGCCCUCAGGGCCCAGCAACAGGAGGGCCACAUCACCAGAAAGCUUUUAGAGCAGCGGGAGGAGGAGCUGCAGCAGCAGGUACGCUCGCUUAGGCUGAAGGAAGCUUCCCUCAACAGGACAAACAUGGAGCUCAGCCACCGCGUCCAGCAGCUGGACACUCAGCUGUCCAUCCUGGACGCUGAGCUCAAGAAGACAAGAGAGGAGGUAAAAACAAGCCAGAAGUCAAACCACAAACUGCAGGAAGACCUGAUUACCAGUCAGCAGGAGUGUGAGAGGCUACAGGAGGAGCUGCAGCAGGUCCUCCUCCAACUAGAUGCACACAUCAGGAAGUACAACGAAAAGCAAAGCCAACACAAGACCAAACUGUGUCAGGCCAAGCAGAUUUUCAUGAAGGCAACGGCACAGAGAGACUCUACCAUCCAGAAACUGGAGAACGAUCUGGCGCUGGCCUCCAGUCUCUCCUACAAGGAGAAGGAGCGGAUCAACGUAGUGAUGCUAGAAAACGAGAAGCUGCUGGAGGAGAAGCGGGAGCUGCUGCGGAGGAUAAGUGAGGCAGAAGACAUGGGCAGCAAAGGCAUGAGGACGGCUUCCACUGUCCAGCACAGGGCUAAUGUCUUAGAGGUGGAAAACAAACAGCUGCAGGACAGAACCAUGAAGCUCUCCAAUCAAGUCAGGUCCCUGGAGCGUGCCCUGAGGAACGCCGAGUCAUUCUACAGUAUGGAGAAUGUCAAGAGAGCGCUCCCCUCUGAUGGUUUCACAGAAGGCGUCCUUCAUUCAUCAGCUCUGAGUCUGACCUCAGGUCCCUGUGAUCACGCCGACAUCCUGGACGCGAUCUGCCGUGCGACGGUGAGCAAGCACGUGGUGCUGGACGGCACGAGGACUUCCGUCUCUACGCAGCAGCCGUCUGAGCAGGGAUACCUGAACCUCACCUCCCCAAUGGUCACUCCAACUUCCACUAAGGGUAGAGAAGAGACCUCAGAUGGCAAAGACCAGGGGUGAGAGGCGAUGGGAGUUUAGUGAUGUCACUGCCACACAACGUAAUCUGCUUACAUAGGGUCGUAUUUGAAAAGCAGAUUCUUGUUUGCCUCAUAAGUACUGUGUUUGUCCCAGCAGCUUACUGAAAGUGAUUCUUUUUUUUUUUACAAAGCCUUUAUUAACCAAGAAUUUUUCAACAUACUCUGUUCUUAAAGACAACAGUGUCCAUUGGGAUAGAAGCCAGCCUGUUUAUUUGGAAUGCAAACACGUGCAAAUGGUUUUCUAAAAGUUUAUUAUGUUUCUUUGGUUUGUUUGCCUUUGCACACCAACGCUUAUGAGCAUCACUUAAAGUUUGAAAGACUGAUACUGUUUGUAAUAUGACAUUAUGAGAAGCACCACACACCACUGCCUUUAAUGGGAAAUACAUUUUUAUGAAAGUUAUUUUAAUGAUUCUAUUUGAAUUGAAGCACUUUAACAUGUUUUUAUACAGAUGUUUACAUUCAAGAUGUUUUAGCAAUGCUGUGCAAAUUUUGGGAUAUUAAUAACUUUUCCUGGUUCGAUUUUGCAGUGUUUUGAUGCCUAAUGAUGCCUAAAGUGUUGGCUACGUUUGUACUUAAAAGGAAAAAAAAUCUAAAUUGAGUGAAUUUUUACCAGUUUACAGUUCUGAAUGUUUCACCCAUCUUCUGUCUAAUAGGAGAUAAUCUGGUACUUUAAACAAAACCAAUUCUGUCCUUUUUUUUCUCUUGGCCUCAUUCAAGUUUCCUCUGGUUGUGUUUUCUUUUUCUUUCAUUGUUGUCCACAUAAAAAGUUUCCUCCUGCGGUUUUAAAGCUGCGUCGCGUGGCCACAUCUGCGAUUAUCAUCUCACUUGCUCAGCUGUCCGUUUGAAACUCUGAACUUGACAGUGACACAAUAGUUGAUUGUACUCCUAAAGUUCCUUUUUGUCAACGGGAUAGAUCUUUUAUAGCAGUAUUCUAGGUUGGAGUGCACAGAGGGAGCUGCGUCGGGUUUAAUGCCCUAUUCUGUCUACCCAAUAUGAUUUAAGUAUCAAAAGAGAGCGGUUCAUGGAGAAAUUUAGAUUUCUGUUGAACUAUCUCGGUGAUGUUGCUAGAAUACUCAAAGAUGACUCAUUUUCGCUUUUCUGGACGAAAACACUGAGAUUUAUGCUCCGUAUUUCCUGUUAUUCCAAAACAGCUCAUGAUGCUGUUAAUCUUACAAAGCUCCCAGAGCUUCUGGAGGAGAAACAGGCCCACAGCAUAACAGAUCCUCUAUCAAACCUAAUGGGUAGCAUCUGGUGCUUUUCCACACAUUCAUCCAGGUUAGCUUGAAAACAGCAUCUUUAAAAUAAGCCUACUUAUUUUGGUUGCUAUGGAUAUUCUAAGAUGCCACUUUUUGCUUGAGUGAUCUUUAGAGAUUUGUUUGUGUUUUUUUUUUGUAUCUUGCUCAGCAUCCUCCUCAUUAUGCGAGUGUAAAUCUCGGUCUUUGUGAAACCCAUAGGAUUCGGUGGCAUGCUAUGUUAAUGCAGUUUUUUUUCUUUAUAAUGCUCUUAAUUUAAAUGUGUAUUUUUCUGCAUUUGUUAAUUAUGCUACUGCAAUAAUGGCUUUAUUUUAUUUUAUUUUUCUCACAUCUUCCAGAGGUACCAAUAGAUGUGGCUGACACAAACAAAUGCCUUCAAAUAUUAGCUGCACUUUAGACCCAAAUAUUAGCUACCAUAGGUUUUAAUAAUCAUGAAUGCAUCACGUUUGUAUAUAUUUUCAAAUUGUAAGCCACUAUUUUUGUAUUAGCUACAUUUUUACACAAAAUAAUCUGUUACUAUUUCCACUGUGCCUGAAACGUUGGUGUUUCUAACUUUGCUUUUUUUUUUGAAAGAAUUGUGGAAAUUGGUUCAAGUUUCGUCGCAUUUGUAUGAGAGCAUUUUUUGUUUUCAAAUUUUAAAUUAUUUUUCUAAAAUAAAGAUUUAAUGAACAAAAAUGUCCGCGUGCUCCGUUUUCAAAGUUCAACUUAAGAAACGGACUAAUUUAUAACAGUCUGUUUAUUAAACAAGGUAAAGAUACAAAGCUUUUUUUUUUUUCUAUUUUCCUUUUUUUUUUUUUAAACAUUGAUAACCUUAGUUAAACUCCUCAGUCUUGGGUGUGCAUAUUUAGUCGUCUAGAAACCGUAUAUGAAACCACAAUGCAAGACAGGAAAAAAAGUGUAAUAAAUCUACUGAGUAUCUUUUUUCAUAGAGAACAUGGGUUAAACAGUUAUACAGAUUACAGCUCAAGAACUCCAUGCGGAAUAAAACAAAAAGAACAAAACAAGAAUAAAAUGCUUACAUGACUGAAUACUGUCGAACACAAUACAGAGUAAUGUAUCUGGGAUGAUAAACAGUUAAGGCUUACAUGUAUAGAACUGAUAUAAAAGAUGAAUAUUAAUAACAUACAGGUAGACUAAAAUAAUUACAGUAAAUUCAUAUUGAACUUUUACAAAUUCCAAACAGAACAUAUCGAUGGAAACCAAAAAGUAGGUACUAUAUGAGUAACAUGUUUUACAGUACAGGAACAUGUACAUUUUUCCAUUAUCUCAAAAAAAUAAAAAGAUUGAGAGAGUUAGAGAGAGUACGUUGAAGAGGCAGGGUCUGUUGUUGGCGUAAAUGUCCGUUUUUCAGGCCAGUGGCUUGAGUAAUAGGUUCUUAUUCUUUUUGAAAACAUACUAUAUACUGUAUAUGUAUUUUACAUUAUUCUCAGUUCCUUCUCCGAGCUAACGACGAGCCGCAGCACCGUUUUUUUCUGAAGCGCCCUGAAGAAUACAGGGAACGCUACGAGUACCGUUCGGAGGUUACAGUAAAAAUACAACAAACAAUACUGUGUACAGUAAAAAUAAUACUAGAGAAAGAGAGCGAGGAGGAAAAAGCUGAGGAUUUACCUCGGCACACACUCGUAAUCCUACCGAGUAGGACGUAUUACUGCAGUUUCUUCAAGAUGAGUAAAGCUUAUUUUAAAGAGAACUAAAAAAAAAAAAAAAGGGGCGGGGGUCGACUAGGUGAGAGUAGCUGUACAUUAACUUCACAUUUUGGUCCAGUGGUUGGAUUUAAAAUUACCCACUUCAAAAAAGAAAAAAAACAAAACUAUUUCAGCUGGAAUUUGAGCUGAUUUAAAAAAAAA